AUGGCAGGGCUUAAUGGAAACACCAGUAACGCUGGCAGCAAGGCGAUUGAUAUCAACAAGUUGAUUCUCACGUACAAGCGAAGUGGAAGUUUUGAUGAGAGAAAGAAAGAGAUUUUGCAGAGUUUUGUUGAAACACCCCAAUACCAGCAGUUGAUGCAGCUAGUUAGAAAGUUUGUUGAUAAUGAAAUCUCCAAAGAUCCCUCGUUAUUGUUUAAGAAUCGAGGCCAGCUAACAGCGCUAAUUGAAGGGUCUAUAAUGAGAUUGCCUGAUUCUGUUGGGAAGAGCAAUGUGGACAACAAAGGUGAAAACGCUGGUCAAGAACAGGAUAUAUCGCCAGAAGACAUAUUUGAAAGUUUUGAUGAGUUUGAAGAUAAUGCUCAGAUAUCAUCUGUGAUAUCGAAGAUGAUAGAUAAUUUGGCAAAUGAAUCAACAGUCAAUUCUAAUAGAUUGAGGAAUGAAGUCAAGAAAUCGUUAAAUGAUAUGGUUGAUAAAGAACAAAAUAGAUAA